UUUCCAAUGAAAAAUUGGGCUAUUCUACAUUUUCAGGCACAUUUUCCUCCAUUUUAUUUUAAGAAAUUUUCAUUAAGAAUUAAUUGAAUUAAUACAUAAUCUAAAGCUGCUUACAUAAAGUAUUAUAUUAUAUUAGAUGCCCUGGUCAGUGGACAGCUUUCGAGGGCUGUGGAUAAAGUCAAACAGGAUGGAGAGAAGGAAGUCCAAGCGGCAUCACUGCUCCGCUGGGCCGGAUGAGCAUUAAUUGCGUUGAUUGUCAUCGCUGCUUGCUGCUUGUUGAUGUUGCAGCAGUUGUUGCUGUUGCUGCUGCAAAAGCUGCGGGCUGCGAAUCCCCAGCGCGAGUGCGAGUGCGAAUGCAGUCGGUUCAUUGGACUGGCGCAGUCAACUUGCAACUUGCAACGUCAGUCGCAUGCGCCGAUGUCUAGGGUAUGCAAACAACAACAAACACAAGAGGUCGUCGGAACGACGACGACGACUGCAGAUAAAACCAUGCAACCGGCAAGCAAGGUAACCUGCAAGCCGCAGAACCAAACGAAACCUCUGGCCACCUGCCCCUGCCCCACGUCACCUUGCCUGCCUACCUCCUCCUCUCCCCCCCGCCCCUAGGCAGGUAACCUGAUCACCACAAAACAGAAGAAACAGAACGGAGAUAGAGGCAAAGCAAGAAGGAGAGCAGGCGAGAAUGAGAAGCGGAGCCAGCAUAUCAGGAGACGCAGUUUCCUCUUUCUUUACUCUCAGGAUACACUGUGAAAAAUUUGUUAAAUUAAAUAUUUAAUUAAAUUGAAAC